AUGGCACCUCCUGAAGAGAAGUCCCCCGUCUCCCUAACCUACCAGCUCCGGGCCUGGGGUACCUCCGCAAUCCCCCCAAUGACCCUCACAACCUUAAUAAUCGCCCAACACGCCCGCCCCUUCCAGCCCCUCCCCAUGCUCAUCACCCCCCUCCUCACCUUCAGCAGCUACCUGACCCUUGCCGGCUUCCCCACCGACGGCGCCGGCAUGACAGCCGCGUGGUCCGGCAUUUAUACUCUACUCGCUUCUCGUCGACGCCACCAAGGGGGUCGGUUACUGGGCUUGUCGACGAUCAGGGAUAAAUUCUUUUCGGUGAGGGGUCUGGUGAGGGGGUCGGCGAUGGCGUUGGGGGCGGCGAAUACGGUGGCGGGGUUGUAUGUGUAUUUGACGGGUGAUCGGAAGAGGGAGGAGGAGGAGAGGAGGGAGAUGAAUCGGUGGGGGGUUUAUAAGGAUUGA